AGUGCUGCAGCCGGAGUAGACGCUGGCCCAGCAGGCAGGUGCGGCGGCGGCGGGGACCGACUCCGGGACUGCAGAGGUGUGCGCUCCGGGCACGAACCGUCACUCAGAAUAGCCAGGCACGAUGGGGAGGAAAAAAAUCCAGAUCUCACGCAUUCUAGACCAAAGGAACAGGCAGGUGACAUUCACCAAGCGCAAGUUCGGGCUGAUGAAGAAGGCUUAUGAGCUGAGCGUGCUUUGUGACUGCGACAUCGCGCUGAUUAUCUUCAACAGCGCGCAGCGCCUCUUCCAGUAUGCGAGCAGCGACAUGGACCGGGUGCUGCUCAAAUACACCGAGUACAGCGAACCGCAUGAGAGCCGGACCAACGCGGAUAUCCUGCAGACACUGAAGAGGAGGGGCGUGGGCCUGGAUGGGCCUGAGCUGGAGGUGGAGGAGGGGCCAGAGGGGCCCGAAGAGAAACUGCUGAGGACGCUGGGAGGCGACCGAGGCUCGGCUUCGCCCCUGCCUCGGAUCUAUCCGGUGACCCCUGCGAUGUCGGUCUCAGAACUGUCAUACCGGGUCCCACUCGCCCCGCCCGGCUGCGACCCUGGCGGGCUGGGGGAGGCCCCGUCUGUCCACAGCCGCCCGCCCCACUUUCGACCCCCAGGCCUGGGACACCCCAUCUUCUCUCCGAGCCACCUCGCCGGCAAGACGCCCCCACCUCUGUACCUGGCGACUGAUGGGCGGAGGCCAGAUCUGCCAGCAGGCCUGGUUGGGGCCCGAGGGGGACUGGGCACCUCGAGGAGCCUGUACCCCGGCCUGCAGAGCCCCGGCGCCGCCCCGGGCUCCGCUCUGGGUAGCUUUGCCUUCCUGCCACCAGGUCCCGCAGAUUGCAGCCCCGGAGACGCCGCUCCGCUCCCCCUGCAGCCCUCGCCCUGGCCCCCGACGAGGGACGCGGUGGACCCGGCCCGGCCAGGCAGCGCCCGCAGCCUGUGUGAGGAGGGUCCCCCCAGCCGAGUGGCCUCCCCUCCGACGCCGCCGGUCAGCAUCAAGUCCGAGCGUCUGUCCCCCACCACUGGGGCCUCCGGCGACUUCCCCAGGUCCUUCCCCUACCCCCUGCUCCUCGCCAGGCCCCUGGCGGAGCCACUGCGACCCGCAGCCUCCCUGCGCCGCUUGACCCCCGACGGCUGGCCGCGGUAGCGUGCAGAAGGCUCCUCCAGCCUCCACAGAGACCCCCGCAGUCUCGGGUUCCCUGCACAUAAACCCUUCCUGGGGCUGCUGCAUCAAUAAAGUCCACGGCUCCGGGAGGGCGCUGGGCAGCCCCCUCCCCGCCCCCAGAGCCUCCUGA